CAGCAGAAUAGUUGAAACUAGUUUUCACGUAACUUUGUUAACUGUACAGCUGUUUAUAAUCUUCUCCUGCUGGUGUCGACAUACUGGACCGUGGUAUUUGAGUCUCUUCUCAGCACUAGGCCCAGUGCAGCAGCAACGAUGAACUGGUCGGGACUGGAGAAUAUGUUGAGUGGAGUCAAUAAGUACUCCACCGCAUUCGGGAGGAUCUGGCUGUCCAUGGUGUUCGUGUUCCGCGUCAUGGUGUUCGUGGUGGCGGCGCAGAGGGUGUGGGGCGACGAGGGCAAAGACUUUGUGUGCAACACUCGGCAGCCCGGCUGCACCACCAUCUGCUAUAACCACAUCUUCCCCAUCUCCCAUAUCCGUCUGUGGGCGCUGCAGCUGAUCUUCAUCACCUGCCCGUCCAUGAUGGUGAUGGCUCACGUUAAAUUACGCGAAGGAAAGGACAAGAAAUACGAGGAGCUGCACCACGGCUCUCACCUGUACGCCAACCCGGGCAAGAAGAGGGGGGGGCUGUGGUGGACCUACCUGCUGAGUUUGGUCUUCAAGGCUGGAUUCGACGCUGCGUUUCUCUACAUCCUGUAUCGGAUAUACCACGGAUACGACUUGCCCAGGGUAUCCAAGUGCUCGCUGGAUCCGUGCCCCAACACCGUGGACUGCUUCAUCAGUCGCCCCACCGAGAAAAAGAUCUUCAUGAUCUUCAUGGUUGUUUCCAGCGUGCUGUGCAUCAUGAUGUGCCUCUGCGAGAUGAUUUACCUCGUCGGCAAGCGCAUCUCCAAAGUGGUGCGGGUCCGCAACAGCAACGACCGGAUCCGCUUCGCCGAGCAGCACGAGCUCACCAACAUGGCCAUGCCCAGGUCCCAGUACCGCAGGAUCGACCCCACGCUCACGGACAGCCAGCUGAGUUUACACAAGAUGGACAAGGUCAGAGAAGGUGGUAUAAGUACGACGCUGUAGGACUCGGGGUGCGGGGUGCGGGGGGGGGGGGGGGUGGAGACAUUACAGGAACUCGAGGUACCCCGAUAGAGGCAUUGAACCAAAGGGCCAUGAGCCAGUGGCACACGAGACAUUCACGGCGUUCCCGUUGGGAAGGAUCUCGGACACCUCCGGUCAGGAGGAGAGGACGACCGGUACCACGAUGUUUGGAUAUCACAUUUCUAAACGUCGCGUAUGUCUGAUCUCUACAGCGCUGUGGCGGUGCUCCAGAGAGGUUCGGCUUCCAGCGUUACCACGCUGGGAAAGUGCGGGGGGGGGGGGGGGGGGGUAAUAAAAUGCUCUGACUUGUUUGUGUUUUCUUUAACACAAUCACUGUCAUUUAUUUAAGUCGUGGAGGUUUUCACACCACAUAUUUGACUGGAGUUGGGAGAGGGUCUCUGGACAACAAAACACACUUACCUGAACCCAAUGGCGAGAUGGAUUUGAUGAGUGUGAUUUGUGUGUGUGUGUGUGAGUGUGUGUGUCUUAGCUGCCUCUGAGCUACGAAAAUUGCCGGAGAUGGAAAAUCAGGGGUUAAAGUCGUGUAGUGUGACCAAGGUAAAAAAUGGGGAUUUAAUGAACACGAGUCAUCCUUAAAGGUUUACCUCUUCACACAAUGGAAAGACGGUUUAAAUCGAGAUUAUUUCUGACGAGCUGGCUGAACAGUAGCCAAGCUGACAGGGUGGAGUUACAGGACACGGUCAUCAUGGACACCCCGGACACACAAAUACUAAAGAGUCAACUGGAACGUCAUAAUGUGGUUCAAUAGUCUAUUGUAGACUUGUUGUUUUUUUACCCAUAUAGUGCUAUAUUUAAUUGCUUGUCAAAUAAAAAUAAAACAUAUUGAUCAGGCUCAGUGCCUAUAGACUGUC